AUGACAUCUAACAUCUUUACCAACGCCCUCCUCUCCCUCUCCUCCCUCUUCACCCGCGCUACGAACCGCAAGCCUUCCUCCCCUGUCGACACAUGCCCUCUUUCUCCAGCUACGAGUGACGGGUCCACCGCCGUCGCUUCUGGCAAGAGCUCGAUACGCUCCGCGUCCACCGCCGUCGACAAUGGGAUCAACGACCUCGCUCUCGGAAAGGAGGUCGCUUGUGGCCCGUAUGGCCCUCGUUUCCGCGCUCACGACCUCACGAGCAACCGUUCGGAGGUUUGUUUGGAGAAGAUUACGAAGAAAGGUCUCUCGAAGACGCUUCGCAACCUUCUCAUGCAGGAGAUCCGGCUCUCCCUGAGUUUCAACCGCGGUUCCCACAUCCCUGGAGGCAUCAUCCGAGCCUUCGAGGAUGAAGGACAUCAUUACCUCGUCCGCCGCCCCUUCGCCCGUACCCUGGCCCAAGAGAUAAAAACGAACGGCAGAUUUAUCGCUCAACAAUCUGUCCUCGUCCUUGCCCAGAUGGUCUUGAUCCUGGACAAGCUCCACUCUCAGCGUGUCUACCCCGCCGACCUGAGCCCCUCUGCAUUCGUCAUCGAUCAGGACGGAUUGCUCUCGCUCGGUCAUCUCUGCGGCGCCCGCGACAUUACGGCUCCUUCGUAUGUCGGAUUCAAGGAUGCUCUGAAGACACAAGCAGUGUACGAGUACGGAUGUGCUGCCCCGGAGGUGAUCCUCGGAGGGCAGCCCAACCAUUCGACGGUCGUGUUCGGUCUUGCCGCAUGUUGGCAUUAUAUCGCGUUCGGUUUGACCAAGUAUGACCCCGCGACCGGAAAAGGGCAAAUUCUGAAGGACCUUAAAGAGCGAACUCGUUACCCGACAUCGGCAUACCCUCAAGGAUGGAACGCGAAGUGGGAAGAACAUGCAUACAACUUCAUGGAUAAGGCUCUACUUUUCGACCCCUCGAAGCGCAUUUGGAUGGACGCCCUCAAGGGUCUCCCGAUUUUACGCAACGUUAACUGGAUGGCGUUGAAGACGACACGUAUUUCUCCUCGUCUCCUCAGCGCUGCAGCCUCUCGGUCUUCGACAUCUCGCCCCUUCCCUUCCGGCAAACUUCCCACCACAUUCCCCUCCCAGACAAGGAAGCUCGUUCAUAACAACAACACUCGCGGUGCUCGUUCUCCAGCACUCCAUGUCACGAAGCCUUCGAGGACGAUGUCGGUCCCGGUCAAGGUGGUGAAGACGUAGAUGCGUGUCGGUAACGGAUCAACAUCAUCGACGGACACUAGUGGAUAUAUACAUCAACUUGGGCUGGAGAUUAGGUCUGGGGACGGGAUACAAGCAUCCUGGUCCAACGGGCGAAGUACUACACCGGCUGAGUCCCGGGGAUUUCCUUUACCCAUUGUGUUAGGGUUAUCUCUAUCAACUCGUCUAGCGCUGGGUGGGCUGGUAGGGCUGACCCUGAUGCUAUGGGAUUUCUUCUUAGCGGAAUCACAGAUCGCUUAUUUGCCUCUAGACCUCCCUUUUUUUCUAGGCAAACCACCGGCAGUCACGGUGAUGGCUUCGAUAUGGUACGUUUGUUUUUCUUCUCUCGAUAUUAUAUCCAUUGCUUAUUUAGCCCUCGUCGCCUUCGUCCUUGGUCCCUU